CAUCCCUAAACCCUCAAACCAAUAUCUUCAAAAUAGUUAAAAGAAUGAAAUAAGUUAACAUGGUGGAGACUUAUGAAUUAUUGACUGUGAUAGUUUCACUCAUAGUGGUAAAGCUAUUCCAUUGGAUCUAUCAGUGGAGAUAUCCGAAAACUAAUGGAAAAGUACCUCCAGGGUCUAUGGGUUUUCCGAUCAUUGGAGAGACUUUUAUGUUCAUGAAACCUCAUGACGCUCUUCAAUUUCCAACAUUCGUCAAGGAGAGAAUCCUCAGAUAUGGACCAGUUUUUCGGACAAGCUUAUUUGGAGGAAAAGCUAUAAUCUCGAUGGAUAUAGGACUGAAUGUGGAGAUAGCGAAGGCAAAUCAUCUCCCUGGAAUCACGAAGAGCAUAUUACGACUAUUUGGGAAAAACAACUUGUUUAUCCAGAGCAAGGAGUCCCAUAAACAUGUUCGAAACUUGACAUUCCAAUUGUUGGGUCCACAAGGUUUAAAACUGAGGAUGUUGGAAGACGUUGAUAUUUUGGCUCCCACAUACAUGGAGGAAGGAGCUAGUAACGGCUUCCUUGAUGUUAAGGAAACAUCAAGCAAGAUUCUAACCGAAUGCCUUGCAAAGAAAGUUAUGGGCGAAAUGGAACCAGAGGCCGCAAAACAACUCGCACUAUGUUGGAGAUAUUUUCCAAGGGAGUGGUUUCAGUUCUCUUGGAACGUUCCUGGGACUGGUGUCUAUCGAAUGAUGAAGGCAAGAAAGCAGAUGAUGAAGCUAAUCAAGGAGACAGUAUUAAAGAAGAGAGCAUCAGGAGAUGAAUUUGGGGAGUUUUUCAAGAUCAUAUUUGGAGAAAUGGAAAGAGGAGCGAAUACUAUGACUAUGAGCAUAGAGAAUGCAAUCGAAUACAUAUAUACUUUCUUUUUGAUUGCUAAUGAAACAACACCAGGAAUUCUUGUGGCUAUAGUAAAACUCAUAAGCGAUCACCCUAAAGUCAAGCAAGAGUUGAAGAGAGAACAUGAGGGAAUUGUUCGGGGGAAGAAUGGCAAGGAGGUCGGCCUAACUUGGGAAGACUAUAAAUCAAUGACUUUCACCCAGAUGGUGAUAAAUGAGUCGCUUAGGAUAACAAGCACAGCGCCAACAGUUCUUAGAAUAACCGAUCGUGAUUUCCAAUUUGGUGAUUAUACAAUUCCAGCUGGUUGGAUCUUCAUGGGCUAUGCUAAUGUCCAUUUUAAUCCAGAGAAGUACGAUGACCCUUUAACAUUUAAUCCAUGGCGUUGGAAGAGUGAAGACUUGGGCUCAAUCCUCUCCAAGACUUACAUUCCCUUUGGCGCUGGUUCUAGACUAUGCGUAGGAGCUGAGUUUGCUAAGCUUCAAAUGGCCAUUUUUAUCCAUCAUUUGUUUAGAUACAGGUGGUCAAUGAAAAAAGAGACUACAGUACUUCGAAGGUUUAUGCUUAUGUUUCCAUGUGGAUCUGAUGUUGAAAUCUCAGAUGAAUCCAAAGAGGAUAACUUCAUAACUCUGCUGGUUAUUAGAGUGUAUUUUUCUGACUCACAUCGGAUACAAAUCAUCUUGGAAGAGAGUGUAUUUUUCUAUUGAAUUAAUAAUGUGUUAAACAUUGUUUCUACUAUAUGUCCACAUAUUGGUUUAA